UUCCAGUUAGUGGUAUUGCGUGAAGAGCGUGCGUGGCCUAGAAACUAGAAAUCUAGAGCACGUGCUGGGGACAGGCUUCAGCUCAAGCUAACGUGCGCACCAACCAGGUUGGAAGGAAGAGGAGGAAGGAGAGAGACAAUGGCUGAUCUAUUUGCAUGGCUUAUCUCCUUCUUCCUCCUCAUUGCCUUACUUGUCCUCGUUAUGUACCAGCUAAUGUGCCUGGCAGACCUAGAAUUUGAUUAUAUAAAUCCUUAUGACUCUUCAGCUCGAAUAAAUAUGGUGGUUUUGCCAGAAUAUAUUACGCAAGCUGUCCUGUGCUGCUUCUACCUUCUUACCGGGCAUUGGAUUAUGGCACUCUUCUGUCUUCCUUAUCUUUCUCUCAAUCUCCGAUUGUAUAGGCAAGGAAGGCAUUUGGUUGAUGUUACUGAGAUAUUCAACCUGCUCUCUUGGGAAAAGAAGCAACGGCUCGUCAAACUCUUCUAUCUUGUUUUCACCCUUUUCCUCUCUGUAUUUUGGAUGAUUUACACAUCAUUGGAUUAGUAACUGCAGUGCUUGCUUGUAUUAUGGAGUGCUGCAAACUCCCAGAUGUGUGUGGUAGGGAACAGUUAAUUACUUGUCAUAUUGCUAUCCUGAUUAACGUGUACUUUAGGGGGGGGGAAAUUCAAGGGAGAGAUUGUCUUUUGAAGGAAGAUUGAAUCAGCAUCCACAGGUGUUGCAAUACAUGUUCAUUCUUAGAAUCAGGACAGAAGUAGGAUUGUGUUUUUUCCCUAUCUACUACAUAUUAUUGUUUCCUCUCUCAAUUUCCAUCCUCAUUGUACAUUUGUAUAUCUCAAAUGGUGAUUGGUUCUGUUCUGCAUCAUGCAUUUUUGGUUUAAUCCGUUUGUCUCUUUAGGUCUCAAAACAUGAUUGAACCUGCUGGAAUAGAGCUAUGUUGGGUUACGGGAAUGUUGUGUACAAGAGUGUGCUGCUGGGGUUAGCAAUAUCAUUGAACAAAUAGACUGAUGCAGGCAGCAUACAUUUUCACUUUUCAUGUAUGAUUGCUACAAACCAGCAAUGUCUCAAAUUGAAAUGGUACCCACACUCCUGGUGAGGCAAAUUGGUAUUGUGUUUCAAUUUGUUAACUUUAAUCUGUACACAGCUUACAAAUCUAAAAGACAUUGGUUUAACAUUGAUUA